AUGCAGUCGACGCUUCGCAUCCCGAAACGUAACUACAACAUCACCAUCAAACAGGAGUUUCUUAGACUCAUAGAGUCGACGGUCGACUAUAAAGUGGCCGAGUUGAUGAACAUCGCCGAACCAUCCGAACCACGUUUCCACCGUAACGGAUUCUCGCGGCAACGUCCAGGCAAGAACAAGGCUCGGCAAGAAGCUCUGUUGGAAGUGCGAGACGACUAUGCGACUGAGUUCCAAUCGAAGAUACCGUGGCUUCAGUCCGACUGCAUCUACAAUGUUGAUGAACCUGGGUUCUACUCGACAUGCCGCCGAGGGGACGCAAAGAUUUCGACAGGAGAGAAGCUCUCACUUCGCAUGAUGGUGGUGCUGACUGUGCGCUCCAACGGCGACAAGCUCCCUAUCUUCUUUGUCAUUCGUGGCACUCCUGGCGUCCGCAUCGACAGGGCGGAACUCCAAACGUGCCCAAGUGGUCACUUCUACGCUGUUCAGGCCAAGGCGUGGAUGGACAAUAUAGUGUGGAAGACGUACCUUCGACGCCUCUUGUAA